CCGUCCCCACACAGUGCACUUCCGGGAUGCUGGCAGGAGGUGAGGCACUUCCGGUUUGUAGCUCCGUGGCCGGAUGACGUGGCUGAGCGGCCGCUGAGGAGGCGGCGGGUGUCGGAGAACGGGCAGUGAGUUCAGCAGUGGAGGAGAACAGACGAGCCUCCGGGACAUAAAGCCGCUGAGUGUGCCGAGCCGUUGGGACAGGAUGAGGCCGCUCCAGCUGCUGCAGUUGUUGUGCGUGUUCGUACUGGGUGUGCGGGCGGAUGAACACGAGCACACGUAUCAGGAAAAAGAGGAGGUGGUUUUAUGGAUGAACACAGUAGGACCAUACCACAAUCGUCAAGAGACAUACAAAUACUUCUCCCUUCCCUUCUGUGUUGGAUUAAAGAAAAGUAUUAGCCACUAUCAUGAAACAUUAGGAGAAGCUCUGCAAGGAGUUGAAUUAGAAUUUAGCGGUUUAGAUAUUAAAUUUAGAGAUGAUGUCAUGCAGGCAACAUAUUGUGACAUAGAGUUGGACAAGGCAAAGAAAGAUGCAUUUGUUUACGCAAUAAAGAAUCACUACUGGUACCAGAUGUACAUAGAUGACUUACCAAUAUGGGGUAUUGUUGGAGAGGCUGAUGAAAAUGGAGAAGAUUAUUAUCUUUGGACAUAUAAAAAGCUUGAAAUUGGCUUUAACGGAAAUCGUAUUGUAGAUGUAAAUCUCACCAGUGAAGGCAAAGUGAAGCUUGUCCCCAAUACCAAGGUUCAAAUGUCUUACUCUGUUAAAUGGAAGAAAUCUGAUGUUCGGUUUGAAGAUCGAUUUGAUAAAUACCUUGACCCUUCAUUUUUCCAGCACAGGAUACACUGGUUUUCAAUCUUCAAUUCUUUCAUGAUGGUUAUAUUUUUGGUGGGAUUGGUAUCUAUGAUUCUUAUGAGAACCCUCAGGAAAGAUUAUGCCCGAUACAGCAAAGAGGAGGAAAUGGAUGACAUGGAUCGUGAUCUAGGGGAUGAGUAUGGCUGGAAACAGGUCCAUGGGGAUGUUUUCAGACCUUCCAGUCACCCUCUUAUGUUCUCCUCACUUAUCGGGUCAGGAUUUCAGAUCUUCUCAGUUUCUCUUAUCGUAAUUCUUGUGGCCAUGGUUGAAGACCUGUACACAGAGAGAGGAUCAAUGCUCAGUACUGCAAUAUUUGUUUAUGCUGCCACAUCCCCAGUCAAUGGUUACUUUGGAGGAAGUCUCUAUGCUAGACAAGGAGGUCGACGGUGGAUAAAGCAAAUGUUCAUUGGAGCUUUCCUAAUCCCAGCAAUGGUUUGUGGGACAGCAUUCUUCAUCAACUUCAUUGCCAUGUAUUAUCAUGCUUCCAGAGCAAUCCCGUUUGGAACAAUGGUUGCUGUAUGCUGCAUUUGUUUCUUUGUGAUCCUUCCAUUGAACCUAGUGGGAACAAUACUUGGUCGAAAUUUGGCAGGACAGCCCAACUUCCCCUGUCGUGUCAAUGCAGUUCCGCGACCCAUCCCAGAGAAAAAGUGGUUCAUGGAACCAGCUGUCAUUGUAUGCCUUGGUGGAAUACUACCAUUUGGAUCCAUUUUUAUUGAAAUGUAUUUCAUAUUUACCUCUUUCUGGGCAUACAAGAUCUACUAUGUAUAUGGCUUUAUGAUGUUGGUUUUGGUCAUCCUUUGCAUUGUGACUGUCUGCGUAACUAUUGUUUGUACAUACUUCCUUCUAAAUGCCGAGGAUUAUAGGUGGCAAUGGACAAGUUUUCUUUCGGCUGCUUCCACCGCAAUCUAUGUUUACAUGUACUCCUUUUACUACUACUUUUUCAAAACAAAAAUGUAUGGAUUGUUUCAAACAUCAUUUUACUUUGGAUAUAUGGCAGUUUUUAGUACCGCCUUGGGAAUUAUGUGUGGAGCGAUUGGUUACAUGGGAACAAGUGCCUUUGUCCGGAAAAUUUACACUAAUGUGAAAAUUGACUGAGAGAUCCAGCGGGAAUUGGAACUGUGGAUCAGUUACUACUUUUUUCCAGGGCUGGGGGUGAAACAUGCACAUUAGUGCCAGAAGAGAUUGGGUUUUAACACUGGGUACUGUGUUGGUCUCCGUUCUGUGGAUGGCUUAAAAUGGCAUCUCUUUCAUUGAUCCUAGUUUUCUUACAGACUGCUCUCUCCAACUGGUCACAGCAAAUGCUUGGAUUAUAUGCAGUAAGCAUUACUACAGUACAUGGCUGAUCUUCCCCAAAAAAAACAAAAAAGAAAAAAAAAAAAACUAGCUCAUAAAAGAUGAAUAGACUAGCUCUCUUCAGUGAAGAGGACACGCAGUUUAUUUAAAGCAUUUGUUCCAUUCAAUAAAUAAGAGGGAAUCUUGGCUGCUCAAACUAGUUGAUUAGUAGUCUUCUUGGUACCUUCUUAACACUCUAUAAGAUGGCUGUUCCAGGAAUCUUCCUUUUUUUUUUUCUUUCAUUUUUGUUGCCGCUUUAGAAAUGUCUGUUUUAUAUUUUGCCUGUGGGUUUCUUACCAGUUUGUGCCGUGCAGUAAACCUGCAACCAUUUCGUAUUCUCGAGGCAAGACAACUGAAAA